UCAAGAAUGAGCUCCGCUUUGCACAUGCGCAGAAGGAUCUUACCUAUUUGCUGGCGCCUGCCGUUAGAGCCGCUUCCUCCGGAUAAAUCAUACCGGUUUGUCUUGCUGGCUGCGCCGCAUCAUGUUCAGAGCUGCCGUCCGACUGUCGGUCUCCGGUGCUCGGAGUUUAACUCGAACACAACCGAGGUGCCAAGCUCCUCUGGCAUCAAGGUGUUACUCCCACGGGAAACAGGAGACAGAUGAAGAGUUUGAUGCCCGCUGGAUUACAUAUUUCAACAAGCCUGACAUCGAUGCAUGGGAGUUGAGGAAAGGGAUGAACACGUUGAUCGGGUACGACCUGGUACCAGAACCAAAGAUUCUUGAGGCGGCGCUGAGAGCCUGCCGCAGACUAAACGACCUGGCCAGCGCCAUCCGCAUCCUGGAGGCGGUGAAGGACAAAGCCGGGCCUCAUAAAGACAUCUACCCGUACGUGAUCCAGGAGCUCAAGCCCACAUUAAGCGAACUCGGCAUUUCCACACCUGAAGAGCUUGGACUUGAUAAAAUAUGAUGUACGAGAAGAUCGAGCUCUUGCAUUUAAGUGUUGGCCUCAUCAAAACACGUCUGAAUUAAAUUUUGCCUCUCCUGGAUUCUUUUGCUUGUAAAAUAUGGAUGAAUAUACUAUCUUCAUGUGUUGUAAACAUACUGGAAUUUUAUCUUUUCUUUUUUUGUUUCUUGAAAGUUCAACAAUCUGCUUAGCCGGACUUAAGUACAAGUUGCUCUACAUCACAGCAUUACCAAAUGAUUCACACCAUCUGAAUACUUGUGGAGGUCUUGCCGCCAGGGGGCAGCAGAGUCACACGAAUGUAAGGAUUCAUCUUACUGUAUCGAGUCUGCGUUACAUCCGUUCGUUUCAGGGAAAAUGUAUUUGCGGGUUGAAUAAAAUUCAUCAACCAUG